CGACAUCAGAACGGAGCUUUUGAAGCUUCAUAGAACCUCUCUCGAUUGUCUGACAUUGCUCUUGGACGUCGAUAAUGAUUGGCACAUCGAGUUUGCCGAGACAGUCUUGUUUCUCGCCAGGCUCAUUUCCACAUGGCCCACCACCAAGUGCCUUCGUGUCAUUUGGCUAGACCGAGAGCCGUGGAACCCCCUACUAAAUCGGUUCAUGUCUACCAGUGGCAAAGACGUCUGGUCAUCACGCUACGCAUCACGGUGACCGACGAGGAAGUGCCAAAGUGUAUGGUUCACGAUGACCCUCAUCACAAUCACACCGCAUCCGCCAGAAGCGUUGCGAACUCAAUCAUCCAAGAACAUCAGGCCCGCACGGCAGACGCAUUCUCCAGUCCGAUCAGCGAAGUGUGGCUGUUUCUGCCACGAGACGGGGGCCGCUAUACCAACAGCGAUCUUGUGGAGGAGCUCAAGAACAUGGAUGCAAGCGUGGCUGUGGAACCCGAGGUCCCGACGGGAAUUCAUGUGCGCUUUGCAACCCUGGGCUCCCGUAUCAAGCCUAGUGACACUGUGCGUCAUAUUGUUCUUGACAAAUCGCGCUUCCGGCUAGUUUGGGACCCGACCAUGGCUUUCCUCGUGUAUGAUUCCGUACCCGCAUUGAGAGGAUUGCUCCUGGACCAGGCCGCGUCGUUAGCACCUGGCGAAGGACGAUCCCUGGUCACCAUCCACGCCCACCAGCCAUUUAAAGAGCUCCAACAAUGGCCACACGGCCUCGAAUUCGAGGACGUCCAUCUCGAGACGUUUCUGCUCCGAACCAAGGCCGCGAUGCCGUCCUUGACACCAACGCAGAUGUUUGACGCGUUCGUGACGGACUUAUCUCGAUGGGACGUAGCCAUUGAGCGCAUGGAUUUGAUGGGCUGUCCGUUGGGAAAAACCUUGGACGAAAGGGCCAUUCGCACCUCGCAACUGGCCGACAUCGUUGGUUAUGACUUCUCCCUCGCCUACUUUCUCUCGCACAUCACGAACCAGACAAGCCCGGCAGUCAGGCAGGCCAUGAUCGACAUUGCCGCCAUCUUGGCCGUGGGGUCAGACAAGCACCGCAGCGACUUUGUGACAUACCGGGUAGAGUGGGCUACGGAGCUACUUCGCGAAGGCGAAGUUCCCCAAGACCACUUCAUCAACUUGGACGUUAAUUGUGCCGGCAUACCGGACGGGAUCACGAGUCAAGGCGCUAUCUGGCUCGCGUUAGGCAUCUACCGCAAGUUGAACGGGCGCACCGAGACUGACGGACCACUGGUAUCGGAAGAUGGCAUGUUCGACAUCGACACCCGUACCGGUAUGCUCAUCCACCUGUACGCGGUCGAGUUUGACAGCCAGGUGACGGCAUCCCAGGGGGUGGGCAGCGCUCAGCUCAGCUUCGAGGACGUCGAGACCGUUCAGCGUGAGAUAUGGCGCUGCUGGUUCCAGUACGGCAUGUUCCGCUCGGGCUCGCAGGAUGAGCCCACUUGCUACAGCGUUUGGCCCGGUCAGAAGACCAACACUUCGACCGGUGUGUCGGAGGCCAGUGUGUUUGAUUGUUUCUACAAUCAUGACGGCCAGGAUGGGUACUGGGCCAUUUCUUUCGGGUUCCUAUCGAUGGAUAAUCUGAAGCCACAGUACCUGUCUUCCAUUCCGGACUUCGUUGUAGAAGAAUGGCUGGACGAGCGGGAUGUCAUCGUGGAGGAAUUGGCCGUGGAUCACCCGUUCCGGAGGUGAGAAUAUGCCGGAGCAUGACGAUAUCCGAGGCUGGAUGAAGGAGGAUGAGGCCAAGACGAAACCGAGGCGAGGGCUGAUGAGCUCAUAAGGACUCAAGCCGACGGGUUCCUCAUCAUACACUUAUCUCGGUCGACCGAGUUAAUUGAAAUCGUUUUCUACUG